AUGUAUUGUUGUUCGUGCUAUGGAGCUCUUACAAGACUUCCAAAAGGAGAACGCUGCAGUAAAUCAGGACAGGCUUUCUCAGAGGAAUCAGAACAAGUCAUGGCAGCUGCAUCAAAACGGAUUGCUUCCCAACUGGAAGUUAAGGUUGCGGAAGCUCGUGCCCUUCUUUAUGGUUAUCUUUCGCAAGGGACAUCGAGUUACAAGCUGUGGUAA